AUGGCGAACGUUGAGGCGAUUCCUGGCUAUUUAACAGCCACGUUUCCCACUCUCCCCAUCGAAAUUAAGGAUUAUGUCUCCGCAAUUUUGAAGGAGAAUUCGGAUGAGAUCACCUCACUCGAAGAGGUCAUGGACGCCGUCGGUGAACAUCUUCAGGCUUCUGUCGAGAAUCUUUGUGAGGUUGGAGCACAGAAUGCGUGUCAGCAACUUCUGAAACUUCUUCAUGGAGAUAACCUUCCGAAGGUGGUGAAACAACAAGAGGCCACAACGAAACGUCUCGAGCAAACUGUUGACAUGGCUGCUGAAAACCAGAACUUUGAUGCUCUUCAAAGUAUUUGGAAGGUUCAAUCAAGAGAUACUCCAACUACUGUCGAUAAGAAGAAACUUGCUAAAGCAGAGGAUCGUGCUGCAGCAAAAGCUGAAGCUCGUGCCGACGCUCCGGUUGAACGAAAGAAAAAGAAGAACGAACCAUCUGCGACAGCAUCGCAAGCUCCGAUCCGUGAUACUGGAGCUCGCGGAGCAAAUGCGAAGGAUAUUAAGUUGGAAAGUGUGGAUAUUUCAAUUGGAACAAAACAACUUCUCUCGUGUGCUGAUGUCACAAUGGCAUACGGUAGAAGAUACGGAUUGGUCGGAAGAAACGGAAUCGGAAAGACGACACUUCUUAAGAUGAUCUCCAGUCAGCAGUUGAAAAUCCCGUCUGGAAUUUCUAUGCUUUCUGUUGAACAGGAAGUUGAGGGAGAUGAUACAUUGGUUUUGGAUGCUGUUUUAAUGUCUGAUACAAAGCGACAGUAUUUGAUUGAUCGGGAGAAGACUUUGCAGUCUCGCAUCAACAAGGACAAUAUCACAGAUGCUGAAAAAACAAAAUGGAACGAUGAGCUGUCGAAACUGUACGUUGAAAUGGAAGCUCUUCAACUCGAUAAGGCUCCUGCACGUGCCUCAUCCCUUCUUUACGGUCUUGGUUUCACUCCAGAUGAACAGAAACGACCAACAAAGGAAUUCUCAGGAGGAUGGCGUAUGAGAGUCGCACUUGCUCGAGCUCUUUUCGUUAAACCAGAUCUGUUGUUACUUGACGAGCCGACUAACAUGUUAGACAUGCGAGCAGUUUAUUGGUUGGAAGGGCAUUUACAAGGAUGGGAAGGAACUAUUCUAACAGUUUCUCACGACCGUAAAUUCUUGAAUGAGAUUUGUACGGAUAUUGUGCAUUUGCAUACACGCCGGUUGGAUCAUUACAAAGGAAAUUAUGAUCAAUUUGAGAAAACGAUGAAGGAGAAAUUGACACAACAACAGAGAGAAUAUGAAUCACAGCAACAAUUGAGACAGCAUACUCAAGAGUUUAUCGACAAGUUCAGAUACAACGCAAAGAGAGCUCCAAUGGUUCAGUCGAGAAUUAAGAUGUUGGAGAAAUUACCCGUCCUCCUCCCUGUUGAACUUGAAUCCGAUAUCCAUUUCAAAUUCCCAGAAUGUGAAGUUCUCAGUAAUCCAGUUCUCCAAUUGGACGAAGUAUCAUUCCGUUACAAUGAUGAUUCUCCGUAUCUUUUCCGUAAACUCAAUCUCGGAACUCAUGCGAACUCCCGUAUUUGUAUUGUCGGAGAGAACGGAGCCGGUAAAACAACUCUUCUCAAACUGCUUCUCGAUGAUCUUCAACCAUCCGUCGGACUUCGUAAUGUCAAUCGUCGUAUUCGUAUUGCCUAUUUCACACAACAUCAUGUGGAUCAACUGGAUAUGGAGACGUCGGCUAUUGAAGUUUUGAUGAAGAACCAUCCAGGAAAGACUCAAGAAGAUUAUCGUGCAGCACUCGGACGUUUCGGUCUGGCUGGUGAUAUGGCACUGCAGUCUGUUGAAACACUGUCUGGAGGUCAAAAGUCUCGCUUGGCGUUUGCUAAUUUGGCUCUCAUGGCUCCCAACUACCUAAUUCUCGACGAACCUACCAAUCACUUGGAUGUCGAAACUGUCGAAGCACUCGGAAAAGCACUGAAUACCUUCAACGGAGGAGUCGUACUCGUUUCUCACGACGAGCAACUCAUUGAACUGGUUUGCAAGGAGUUGUGGGUUGUCAAGGAUCGUAUGGUGACAACAUUGGAAGGAGGACUCGAGGAGUACAGAAAACAAGUCUACAAGCAACUUCAAUUGACAAAUUAA